AUGAAUUCGAUAUGUUGUUUAACUUCCUUGGUCCUUCAAACAUUAAAAUCAAAAUGUUUAAGUGUAAGAGAUCAACUGUUUGUAACCUUGUUACGCCUGCGUCGAGGUUUUAAUUUGUCAUCCCUAGCACAUAUGUAUAGUGUGAGUGAUUCAUACAUUAGUAAUAUUUUUACAACAUGGAUAAUGUUUUUAUAUCAACAUUUUAAAGACUACGAAACAGUAAUGUUUCCAGAAAGACAGGUUUUUAAGCAAUUUAUGCCCAAAGUCUUUAAAAAGUUUAAAAACAUCAGAGCUUCAAUUGACUGUACAGAGUUUUUUUGUGAAGUUCCUAGAGAUUAUGGUUGUCAAGGAAAUAUGUAUUCAUCAUAUAAACACCAUACAACAAUGAAAUGUUUAAUCGCAGUGAACCUGAAUGGUGCAGCUUGUUUCGUAUCUGAUCUAUAUGAAGGAAGUGUUGAUGAUGUCCGUAUUUUCAAAACUUGUGGUCUUUUCAACCCUGGUGAUAGCUUUUUAGUGGAUAAGGGUUUUACAGUGCAAGAUGUACUCCUGUCCAAGCAAGCUACGAUUUUCAUUCCACCAUUUCUUGGCAAACGUGAUUCAUUAACGAAAAAAGAAAUAAUGCUGACCAAAAGGAUUGCAAAAGCUGGUAUCCACGUAGAAAGAUUCAAUGAGCGAUUAAAGAAGUUUAGAUUGACAUGUGGGACAAUACCUUUAGUGCUAUCCCCAAUGGCUUCACAGCUUGUGUAUUACGCUUCUGAACUCGAACUAUUUUCGAAGAUGGUAAAGAAUAGAUUCAUUUUUGCGGGAAUAAACUUUCGUGAAUGGCCCCUUCGAGAUAUUUCGCGGGUAAAAAGUUUCGCUAAUGGAGGAAAAAGUGGUUCAGAGAAGGACAACAAUCUUUGCCCCCUUUUUGAAAAACACGGUUCGCAACGCGAGAGAGACAUUGAAACGAGGCUCAAAUCAAUCAAAUGUUGA